AUGGAGGCGGUGCGGGCGCAGCGGCUGCAGCCCGGGGUGGGCGCGGGGCCUCGCGGGGCCCGGCCCGGCCUCCCCGGGGCCCCCGCGCCGCCGGGGCUGGGGCCGGCAGCGGCGCCGGGGCUCGGAGCGGGGCUGGGGCUGCCGCCGCCGCCGCCCCCGCUGGGUUUGCAGGGCCCCCCCGGCGCCGGGGCCGGGGCCGGGCCGCCCGCGGUGCUGCGGGAGGCGGUGGAGGCCGUGGUGCGGAGCUUCGCCAAGCACACGCAGGGCUACGGCCGCGUGAACGUGGUGGAGGCCCUGCAGGAGUUCUGGCAGAUGAAGGCGUCGCGCGGGGCCGACCUUCGCCAUGGGGCGCUGGUGCUCUACGAGAUGGUGCCCGCCGGGAGCCCCCCCUACGUGUGCUACGUCACCCUGCCCGGGGGCAGCUGCUUCGGCAGCUUCCAGUUCUGCCCCACCAAGGCCGAGGCGCGGCGCAGCGCGGCCAAGAUCGCGCUGAUGAACUCCGUGUUCAACGAGCACCCGUCGCGCCGCAUCACCGACGACUUCAUCGAGAAGAGCGUCUCCGAGGCCCUGGCGUCCUUCAACGGCAACCGGGAGGAGGCGGAUAAUCCCAACACCGGGAUCGGGGCGUUCCGCUUCAUGCUGGAGUCCAACAAGGGAAAAUCCAUGCUGGAGUUCCAGGAGCUGAUGACGGUUUUCCAGCUGCUGCACUGGAACGGGAGCCUGAAGGCCAUGCGGGAGCGGCAGUGCUCGCGCCAGGAAGUCCUGGCUCACUAUUCCCACCGCGCCCUGGACGAUGACAUCCGGAACCAGAUGGCCCUGGACUGGGUGAACCGGGAGCAGAGCGUCCCGGGCGCCCUUUCCCGGGAGCUGGCGGCCACGGAGCGGGAGCUGGACGAGGCCCGGCUGGCCGGGAAGGAGCUGCGCUUCCAUAAGGAGAAGAAGGACAUCCUGCUGCUGGCGGCCGGCCAGCUGGGAUCCGGCCACUCCGCCGGCUGCUGAGUCCCGGGAUCCGGCCCCGGGAUCCCUUCCGGAGCUCCCGGCCCCCCUUCCCGAAUCCCGGCCCGUUUGCACAUUGGAAAGAAAUGUAGGGAAAAAGCUCCUGGGUGGAUUUUAACCGCUUCAUCCCGGUUUUUAGAGGUGCUCCUCAGUCUCCUCAUUCCCUAGAGAAUCUCUUAUUCCCUCAAGUACUCAUUCCCUAUGGAUCUCCUUAUUCCCUAGGGAAUUCCUCGUUCCCUACAGGAUUCUUUCUGUCCCUUGUUUUUGGGGUUAAAAACGCAGGUUUUGGCCCCUCCGCUCUCCAUCGGUACUGGAGCGGGCAGGAUUCUGUGGGAUCCAGCUUUUCCUCUGGAAAAGCGCUUUGGAUCUGAUGCCUGGCACUCCCUCCUCCUAGAGCAGAAAGGGAUCAAUUGGUGAGCUCCUUAAUUAAAUCCCAAAGGAUCGUGACGUGCUGUAUCCAAAGGGAUUGAAAACUGGGAUCUGGGAUUAAAUCUGGGAUCAGCCCGCAGCAUCCCAGCCCUGAGCUCAGCAGGAUCUGCAGUUCCCCCUGGAACUGUCCUGUCUGUGGCCAAACAUCAGCCUUGGUUUUUCCAUGGAAGGUUGGAAAAGCCUUGGAAGAGUUUGGGAAUGAGGGAGGGAUCUGCACUAAUCAUUCCCUUCCCCUUGUAUCCAUAUCCAUGUGGAACUUAGAUGAUAUUUAGCUAUACAAAACCCUUUUAUGGCAUGGGAUUGUUCAAACAGCUCCCAAGGAAAUGGCAGUUUACCCCUGGAAAUUCUCACCUCACUCCCCCUUUCUCCACCAGACCAGGAAUGCAAACAAAAUUCCAAGCCAGAAUUCUUUUUUCACGCCAGCUUGGAGCUUUUCCCACUUCUUAUCCCCACGAACCCUUCGGGGUGCCAUUAUUCCCCCCCUCCCACCCCCUUCCUCCCUCUGCCUGAGCGCAGGAUAUUCCAGCAAUAAUCGUUGUUUUGGGAUAAGAUUGGAAUAAUUCCAUGAUCCGUAGGUAUCCUGCUUUUAUAUCCACAUGCUGACGAGCCUGUUUUGGGGGUUCUAUAUUUUUUAUACUUUCACAACACUAAUAAAUGUUUGAUGUCGCUGGAAAUGGGAUUAAAAAGGCCUGGGGGGUGGGUGGGGGAGUGUUCUUGAAAUGUUGGAAAAAUCCAGACCUGGAACUUGGAUUUAGGAAUCACGUGGAGUUAAUCCUGUGAUUUAUUCCCCUGAUUCCCCACGCGAGGGAAUCCCUGAAGCUCCUUGGAAGGUGCUAAAAUGAACAAAUCCAGGUUUCUCCGGUACAGAAAGAGGGUUGUGCUCCCUGUUGAGGCGAUGGAAUGGCGCGGAUCCAGCGGGACAAAUCCUGGGGUGGAUUUUAUACAAUAAAAUCAGUGAUUUUUUUUUUGGGGUAACUUUGGUGCUUUUGCUCAUUCUCUGCGGCCGAGUCGUGCCCAACCUCCACAUUAAGCCAGAAAUGUUGUUUCUCUGAAA